AUAAUAAUACUGAAAGCAACAGUACGCAGAAAAUCACUUUGUUAAUCAGAGCAGCAGCUGCAAAUCGGGCGAAAAGCUGAUUUCAGCUCUGCACGAGUGCGAAAUCGUAGACCAGCUUUGUGAACCACCGAGUGACAGAAGCAAGAUGUGCGCUUGUGCGGACGAGUUGAUACUCUCCGACGUCCAGUUAAAUCGAGAUAAAGAUUCCCAAAUAGUUUUGAAUAAGAAACAUGGUGAAUAUGCAAUCCACCUUGUCGAUUUUCACAUAAAAUUACCUGGAUGCUUGAUACAGAUUGUUAGUGAGCGAACUGAAAAAUCUUUCGGAAUAACUGAUUCGAUCCAUGACGAUGACGGCGAUUUGAUUGUUUCUAGAAGCGCAGCUAACUUUGACAAGCAGAACCAAACGCUCAAUUUUCGUAUACACCAUGCAAUGGAAACACAUCUUGCCGACGUUGGCUUACAAGUAUGGAUGGGAGCGCUUGGGAUGAUAGAUUUCAUGUUAGACAACGUUCAGUUAUUCCGCAAUAAACAGAUUUUGGAACUUGGGGCAGGCGUUGGCCUGACUGGUAUUGUUGCAGGGACAUUAACCAAUAAAAUCACUCUCACGGACGUUGGAGAGAACAUUUUGGGUCUCUGUGAAAUGAAUUAUCACGCAAACCAAAACAUCUUGCAAAGUCCUCCCCACUGCUUCGAAAUUAGGGAACUGAACUGGCACAAGCCCACUUCAAUAAAAUCACUGUGCAUACCCAAACCUGACAUAAUUAUGGCAUGUGAUGUAAUUUAUGACAACGAUAUCACAAAUGCGUUUUUUCAAACUCUCCAAAUCUUGCUGAAUGGGGACACAUACACCAAGGAAGGUUGCCGACCUUCAAUUGUAAAAGUGUACAUCUCUACAGAGAAGAGACUCAACUUCACUUUGGAGGACUUGGAUAUCACUUGCAAAGAGUACAAUCAUUUUUUAUGCAAACUGAGCGAACUCGAGAAUACAUUUCAAUCUUCAUUGUCUGUCCAAAGAAUUGAUAUGGAAGACAUAAGUCAGUUCUGCCAAUACAAUCAGACUCAACAAUUAGAAAUAUGGGAGAUUCAAAAACAAUUGUAACAACAUAUUUUAUAUGAGUGUAUUAUUGUU